UGAUCACCCAAUCACUUCCUUCAACCCAACAACAACAAUCUCAUUAACUUUCUCGAAACAAUCUUCAAUGGCGGGGUGUUUCAGCUUCACUGCCACGCGCGACCGGUGCUACCGCUACUCCUUCUCCAGCGCAGGCCUCAAAUCCACAACAACAGAUCUCGGAGGCGGAACCAUCAUGCAUUGCUGGGUCCCCAAAACCCCCAAACACUCCAAACCCUCCCUUCUCCUAAUCCACGGCAUCGGAGCCAACGCAAUGUGGCAGUGGAACCACUUCGUUUCACCCUUCACUCACCGCUUCAACGUCUACGUCCCCGACCUCCUCUUCUUCGGGGAUUCCUACUCGGCCCGCCCCGAUAGGUCCGAGUCCUUUCAGGCCCGCUCCGUCGCGGCCCUGUUGGAGGCUCACGGUGUUCACAAAACGAGCGUUGUCGGCAUAAGCUACGGUGGCUUCGUGGCCUACAGCAUGGCGGCCCACUUCCCUGAGCGAGUUGAGAAGGUGGCGCUGUGUUGCACUGGGGUUUGUUUGGAAGAGAGAGACAUGGACGAAGGGAUGUUUAAGGUGAAGAGCGUUGACGACGCCGUUAAUAUUUUGCUUCCACAGACGCCAGAAAAAAUGAGGGAGCUCGUGCAACUCGCGUUUGCCAAACCCAUCAAACUCAUGCCCACAUGUUUUCUUACUGAUUUCAUUCAUGUGAUGUGCACUGAAAACCGCCAGGAGAGAAAAGAACUAAUCGAAGCAUUGCAUAAGGAUAGAAAACUUGCUAAUCUUCCUAAGAUAACCCAGCCAACAUUACUAAUCUGGGGAGAACAAGACCGGGUAUUCCCAUUAGAAUUAGCUCACAGGCUGAAGAGGCAUCUUGGAGAGAAGGCACAACUAGUGGUUAUUAAGAAUGCAGGGCAUGCACUCAAUAUAGAGAAACCCAAGGAGAUGUACCUGAAUUUAAAAUCAUUCCUCAUUGAUCCCAUUACACCAUCUAUGCAAGAAAACCACAGUAAUUCUCGCAAGGUGGAUUAGCAAGGUCGACCUAGAGAAUGGAAAAGAUUUAAUUUUCAGCAUUAUGAAUAUACUUUUCUAUAUGCUUACAUUGUCAGCCAUGCUGUUCUUUUUCUCGGAUAGGAUGAAAAGGGAUAGUAUGUAUGUAAAUCGGGUUCUCUGUAGAGAAAUAGAAGAGUGCAUCUUCUGCCAAUUUAAUGAAUGUAGAUGGGCCUUAGAAAAUCAAUUUUAUUGAUCAUCGACUAUGAAAUCAUAAUUCAGAACACUGGGCUAGGGAUAGAGUCCGAUUCAAAGAAAGUUAUUACUAAGGAAACAUGGAUUGCAUGUGUAAUAAUAUC